AUACAUCAUUUUGUGACAAGAUAACAGUUGCCGAUAAUUUAAGAAACAAUAUCGUUUCAUAACCAAAAUAUAAAUAGCGUUGGAAUCCUACUCCGAACUGAAAACUUAUUAAGUGAUCCUAUAUUUAAACUGGAAGAGCCGAAAAUGAUAAUCCAAACGUUAAUUUUCUUGGGUGCUAUGGCCCACGUGCAAGGAGCGUUUGUGGAUCCGGGAGUAGUAUUUGAAACCUGGAGAGGAUGGGGCACUUCUCUAGCCUGGUUUGGCGACGUAUUGGGAGGAUUUGAUCAGGGCGUCCAGGAUGAGAUCAUCAACGCCUUGUUUUCUCCAGCUCAAUUAAAUCUCAAUAUUUUGCGGUACACUAUUGGUGGGACGACUCCUGGGGAACUUGUGUGUGGCGAAUUCCGUCCUGGUGGGGGUACUGAAUCAUUCAAAGAUGGUCCCGAUUUACCAUUCAAUUGGAACCGUGAUCCUCGUGCUCGGAAGGUGCUUCAAGCAGCAAAAGCAAUGGGCGUGGACACUUUUGAAGCUUUUUCCAAUUCACCUCCUCAGUGGAUGACGAUAUCCGGAUGUUCCAAGGGUAACUCGGCUGGAGGUUCGCUUCAUGCAAAUUUUGACCCUGUGAAUGCUUCUCAAUUCUCCGACUACUUGACGGAGAUCGUAAACCAUUUUCACACCGAGUGGAACCUUACCUUCACCAGCCUUGCCCCCUUUAACGAGCCUUCCUCCGGCUACUGGAACGGAGCGUCAAGUGCUCAGGAAGGGUGCUGUAUGGAGAGAUCAACCAUGAUGGCAGUCAUUCAGGCCCUCCAUUCAUCCAUUGGGGAAAAAGGCAUGAAUUAUGUCAGCAUUUCGGUUGGGGAUGAAACUGAGAUAAAUCAAGAGCUGUUGACUCAAGAAACCUUCACCGAAUCAGGAAUCGCCAACUUGUACACGAAAGUCAAUACGCACGGGUACUCGGACAAUGGGAGGGAAAACAGGGCUCCUUUGUACACGCUUUCUAAGAAGAAUGGGCACGCUCUCUGGAUGGACGAAGUGGGAUGGCAGGCUUCGCCACAAGGAGACAUGACUCAAGGGAUCGCUUUGGCGGAGAGGGUAGUCUACGAUAUUAGAAAUAUGAACCCAGAAGCGUGGGUUUACUGGCAAGUAAUGGAAGACCAGCAACCGUGGGCGUGGGGGCUGCUUGACAUUCCUUAUACUGACCCAUCCAUAGACGCAAUUCGAUAUAAUUCUGGAUAUCACAGUUUUAAGCAGUUCACCAAAUAUAUCAAGAAAGGUUAUAAAAUAGUACACGUGAGCGAUUCAAACUCAAUAGCUGCGUAUGACGAAAGUUCCAACAUUCUGGUCAUUGUCACGGUCAACAUACAAGGAAUAGUUCGAGCUGUAAAUUAUGAUCUGAGAUUAGUAGCUUCAAGUUCCACUCCAACCGUCACGGCCACUCGAACUUCAGCAACGGAAGAAAAUGCGGAUUUGGGAGAGGUCCCCUUGAACGGAGAGUUUGAAGUGAUUUACAACGCACCUCCCACCUCGAUUACCACGUUCCUGGUAAUGAACGCCGUUUUGUCCGAUACCUUGGAAAACCUGCUGGUCAACGGGGAUUUCGAAUCUGUCGGUCGAGAAGGUUGGUCGCUCCUCUACGGAGAUCGGGACGACGGUGCCAUAAAUGGAAACUACGUUUAUACCGGAAGUCUGAGUGGAUAUCUUGACUUUGCCCCAUCCGAGUUGUCCCUAAUCCAAAAUGUGACGGUGCCAGAGAGUCGAACAUACUACCUGAGUGCUCGGGUGGCUACGUCAUCUUUACGAGCCGUGUUUGGCAUCCUCAUUAAUGGGGAGCAAGGUCGAGAGCUGGGUGUCGGGGUGUCACGAGGGUAUGAACCCUACGGAAUUUCAUUCUACGCAGCUGCUCAGGAUGUGAUUAGCGUUUAUGUCUAUGGACCAAGGGGAGCAAGCAAUGCACAGAUUGACAACGUUGUCCUUCACUGACGAAAUAUUAGGGCGGAGAUGUUAACAUGUUUAUAGUUAUCAACGUACUCUAGUAUCAUUUCAGUUGUGAAUGCAAGUUAAAGUAAGUAUUACUUAUUAGAAUUUUGCAAUGAGGACUUGGUACGGCUACGGCAUUACACAUAUAAUUUAUAGGCCCUCAAAUAGAUAUAGUUGCGUUGUGCUACAUUUGUAUAAAAAUUGUAAUUCAGAUUAAUCCUUUUCGCGAGAUCUUGUAUUUUCUGAACACGCCAGAUACAAGACUUUAGCAAGAUUGAGUAAUUAGUGACAUGAUCAUAACCACAUGAAAUAGUGUUUGCACGUAGACUUUAUUACGUUACAUCUCUUUUAAUGUGACAAGCACAAAUGCUACAAAUGCAAUAUUAUUGCUGUUUAAUAAUGGGUUGGAUUGUGGUGAUAGUAAUAAAAGCGAACAAUUUCAAUUUACUUGAACAGCUCGCCAACCAAACAUGCA